AUGGCCACGCUGUUGACACCGCCGGUGCUGCCGGUGCUGGUCCUGCUGUGCAUUUCCGCGGCCGACGUCUUCGGGCUGCUGGGCAAGGCGGGCGCCGACGCGCGCCUGGAUGCGGCCGAGCUGCCCUGGCUGGGCGCCGCCGUGGUGCUGACGCUGCUCGACCCCGCUGCUGCCUGCGCCGCUGCCGCCGCCGGCACCUGGGCCGCCCGCGCCCACGCCCUGCACGACGCCUUCGCCAACGGCACCGACGGCAGCGGGGGGCCCGGCCUGCAGGAGGUGGCGGCGCUGCUGGAAGCUGUGCAGCUGCACUACCGCAGCGCUGGCACGCGGCAGCCCUGCCUGGACGCGGCGGCCGUGGUGGCCGAGAGCGCGGCGGCGGUGCCGGGGGUGGGCGCGGGCGCGCGGGUGCUGGCGUCCCUGGGCACCCAGCUCCUGCGCGGCCGCUGCCUGCGCGCGGCCCCCGCCCUGCCCGGCCCCGACUUCUUCCUCGACUUCAUCCUCGCCCGCUUCGGCAACGGCUCCCAGAGCCUCCCGCUGGAGGGUCUGACGGCGCUGAUGGAGGAGCUGGGGCUGGGCCACCACGACCACGACCACGACCACGACCACGACCACGGCGCCAGGGCCGCGCACCCCGAGCACCGCAGCAGCCUCGGGGCGCGCAGCCCCACGGCACUGCGCAGCGCCGCCAACGAGAGCCAGCAGUGGGAUGCGGUGUGCUUCAGCGCCCAGCAGCUGCUGCAGGCCCACGGGAUCGGGGACGCCGUGGAGGUCUCGCGCCAGGAGCUGCAGGAGCUCAGCCCCGCGCUCCUGCAGCAGGUCCUGAGCGGUGCCUGCAGCACUGAGGAGGAGGAGACCUCAGGAGGAGACCUCAGCGUGGCUGAGAAGUACCUCUACGGGUCGCUGGCCACCCUGGUGAUCUGCCUGGGCUCGCUGGUGGGCGCCGCGGUGCUGCUGUGCAGCCGCUGCCCCCGCGUGCACCACUACGUGCUGCAGCUGCUGCUGGCGCUGGCCGUCGGCACGCUGACCGGCGACGCGCUGCUGCACCUCCUGCCGCAGUUCCUGCAGCUGCACUCGCACGCGGCCGGGGUGCACACGCACGCGGCGGGGGCCGAGGCCACCUGGCAGCUGCUGGCGGUGCUGGGGGGGCUCUACGGCUUCUUCCUGCUCGAGUCCCUGCUCGGCCUCCUGGCGCCCGGCGGGCACGAGGUGGAGGAACCCCCCCUGAGCCAGAGCGAGCAGGAGCUGCAGAGACGGGGUGGGGGCACCAAAAGCAGCCGCGACCCAGAGCUGCGGGCGCUGCCGUGCAUGGUGACGCUGGGCGACGCGCUGCACAACCUGGCGGACGGGCUGGCGCUGGGCGCCGCCUUCGGCUCCUCCUGGCGAACCGGGCUGGGCACGGCGCUGGCGGUGCUGUGCCACGAGCUGCCCCACGAGCUGGGCGACUUCGCGGCGCUGCUGCACGCGGGGCUGAGCGUGCGCCGGGCGCUGGCGCUGAACGUGGCGAGCGCGCUGCCGGCCUUCCUGGGGCUCUACCUCGCGCUCGGCCUCGCCACCGGCGCCGCCUUCCAGGGCUGGAUCUUCACCGUCGCCACCGGCUUCUUCCUCUACGUCGCCCUCUGCGACAUGCUGCCGGCGAUGCUGCGGGUGCGGGACCCGCGGCCGUGGGUGCUGUUCGCGCUGCACAACGCGGGGCUGCUGGGCGGCUGGGGGCUGCUGCUGCUGCUGGCGCUCUACGAGGAGAGCAUCGCGCUCUGA